AUGCCCUUCCAGAUGUUACACGAAAAACAGCAAACCACACCAAAAAUAAAGAAAUUUGCUAGAGUUGAACUGAGGAGAGGUUAUGAUGGUUCCAAAGAAUCCAAUGAUCCCCUCUUUGCUUCACUUCAGGAGUCUGCUAAUUCAGUCACCAGCAGAGCUGCUCCUAACACCCUUGCUAAGAGAGCCCUCAUUGUUGCUCACUGGAAUUCCAUGUUGAGCCAGUAUCAGCCAACUUGGCCUGAGGAAAUAUUUUGGCACUUUGGUGUAGUUUAUGACAAUGCAAAGCUGUUUCUCCCAUACCUGGUGCAGAACAUUGUACCAAAAAACAAGUUCAACAAGACAAUCAAUCAAUCAGCAACUUAA